AUGGGCCUGGAGGACAGCAGACACCUCUUCACAGGAAACCAACCCACUGACAUCGUCUCCAGCUCUACUCAACUCACUCCCAGGAGCCAUAGACGUUCCACAGCCAGCCUCGGGCUGCUCACAGGAGAGACGGAACAUGUCUUGUACAUCAUCCAGUCGAAGACCUCUGGCUUCCUCCAGCAGGACAUCAUAUGGAAUUCUUGUCAGUCGGUGCAGAACUUUGGAGCGGACAAAUGGCUCUCUGCUCAAAGCAUCAGCAACGACAUUCUUGGGCCCUGGUAUGUACUGGAUAUCAAAAUCAAAAGGUGCCAGCUUUGCAACCCAUCUCUGCUCACAUGCAUCAAGUCUCGGCUUUCCCUGCAGGUAGUUCUGUCAGCAGGCAGAGACUGUCUGGUGGCGGGGGACUCGUGCUCCAGCGACGAGACCUGCAGCCCACGUCUGCGAACCCUGCGUCAGUGUGUAGCGGGCAAUGGUAGCAUGAAGCUGGGCCCCGGGGCCCGGAGCCAGUGCGCCAACGCCGUGUCGGCCCUGCUCUCCAGCCCCCUGCACGGUUGCCAGUGCAAGCGAGGCAUGAAGAAGGAGAAGAACUGCCUCAGCAUCUACUGGAGUCUCCAUCAGUCUGUCAUACACGGACUCAACCUGGUAGAGAGUUACCCUUAUGAAGCCAUGGAGAGAGACUACGACUACGUUCGUCUGGCCUCCAUCACGGCUGACUCCGAGGCUGGCAUGGUGACGGUGAACCGCUGCCUGGAUGCAGCCAAGGCGUGUAAUGUCGACGACCUGUGCCAGAAGUUCCGCACAGAGUACGUAUCUGCCUGCAUCAAGCCCUCAGCAAAGUCUGGCCUCUGCAACAAGGCCAAGUGCAGCAAGGCCUUACGCCGGUUCUUUGAUCGCAUCCCUCCAGACUACACGCAUGAGCUACUCUUCUGCCCCUGCACGGACACGGCGUGCGCAGAGCGACGCAGGCAGACCAUAGUUCCCGGCUGCUCCUUCGAGGGCUCGGAAAAACCCAGCUGCCUGACACAGAUGCGUAUUUGCAAGGCUGACUAUGUGUGCAGGUCCCGCCUGGCUCAGUUCCAGUACGACUGCCAACCAGCCGAGUCAUCUGCCAACGGUUGCAAGCAGGGGAACUAUGGAGCCUGUCUACUCGCCUACACAGGCCUGAUAGGCAGCUCGAUAACUCCCAACUAUGUGGAUAACUCCACGUCUAGCGUGGCCCCAUGGUGCUCCUGCUCUGCCAGUGGGAACCAGAGAGAAGAGUGCUCCGACUUCCUGGAAUACUUCACCGACAACGUCUGUCUCAGGAAUGCCCUCCUGGCAUUUGGGAGCGGGACAGAUAUGGCGCCCACUCCCAGUCUAUCGGGACUGCUCAGCCCUGCCGCAGGCAGAGAGAAUCAUGCCACCACCCCUCUGCCUGCUACCGUGGAGACCACACGGAAUGUUCCGGACCCAAUUAUACCAACACAGGUGUGGCCAGCGGAAAUGACCGACUGUGGGGAGAUUCUACCCUCCCAUUGGAUGGGCUCCCAAACUCUGCCCCCGCACUUGGCCUUCUGGCUCCAACGGCCUUUACCGGCCUUGUGCUCCUACCUUUGCUCUUAUAUGGACACUAAAGGAGGCAGCACUGCCAAGGAGCACCCAUAG